GGAGGAGGCCCUCUGUAAUAUUGGAAUAAACACACCAAGGUGCUAGACAAGCUAGCUAAGAUACAUGAGUAAAGAUGCUUGGAUUUGCAAGGAUAGCUAACCUUUCGCUAGCCACUGACGGCAAGGCCAAGUUCACAGUCUACAACAUCCACAUGAAUGGAUUCUACCAUUGCUCCCUUCGCUACAGUCAACUAUUGGACCUCAACACAGAGCUCAAGGCUAACUUUGACACCACACGACUCGAGGACUUCCCCUCCAAACACAUGCUGGGUUUGAGCCAGUCCCAGAUGAUAGAGAGGCGUGCCAUGUUGGAGAGAUAUGUGCAGUCAGUGUGUCAGAACCGUGUGCUGGGACCCAGCGAGUUGGUCAAGGAAUUCUGGCUCUCAGCUCAGAGGGCUAGUGUGCCUCUGACGGACCCGCCCACUCAACUAGAGGUGUUCUUAGUCAAUGGGAAGAGUGUUAGCGUACCCGUUGCCAUUAGCGACCGUACAGACCAAGUGCUGGAGAGUGUGUGUGCACAGAUUGAGUUGACCUCUGACCUCACGUAUUACUUUGCACUAUUCCUAGAGAAGGAAUCAGACAACACACUGGUGUGCCCUGUGUCGGACUACCAGAGUCCACUCCUCACACUCCACACAGCCAACACCGCCCACACACCACACAGACUAACACUACGGCAACAUUUCUGGAGUGCGACCUUUGUACCCUCCCUACUGGACGAUAAAGUUGCUAAGAACAUGCUCUAUAUUGAAGCCCUAGCAGCCGUUGCUAGGGGGACCAUGGAGGUUGCUAGGGACGUCCGAGACAAACUGGCGGCACUCAAAAGCAAGGGACAGAAAAAAGAGUAUAUUGAGGCGGUGGCAGAAUUGGCUCAGUUUGGGUAUCGGCAGUUAGAGGGCUUCAGCUUCAACCACCCAGUGGAGGGAAUGGAAGGUUGUGUGCGUGUGGGGCGUGGUGAGAUGGUGACGUACACUCCACACGGAGGUGGUGUGUGGGCAGUAUGUAACAGCUAUCAGCUCACACGCAUACGUAGCUGGAAGGUUGGACACGAUUACAGUACUGGUGUGCCAUGGCUCCAUAUCAACUACCAGUUGUCCAAGGAUGACUUCUUAUGGGUCCAGUUAUCAGGGGAGCUGUGUGUGUACCUCAACCUGUGUCUGCACUCCACUGUGUCUGAGCUGCUCAGAGUGAGGGCAAGCACACCACUCAGGACUCCUCACACUCAGCCUAUCCAGCGCACUCUGCGUGAGUUACCAAGCUACACUAUCAUACAAGCACCUUCGUCUCCUCUGGAGAGUUCAGGGUCUGAAGGUCAGAGUUCAAUUGAUGGGUCCCUCAAGACGAGGACAGUCAGUGAAUCAAGUAAUGGCAAUCCCUCCACCACUCCCAGCAUCACGAGUGAUGGCAGCCCAACAACAACAACGGUGGGUGUGAGGAACAAGAGGAAGACAUCAACUGAAGCAAAGACCACCAAUAAGCUGGCUGCUAGACAUGAACCUAUUGGACUGACUAACCAGCUGUUUGGACGAAAGACAAAGUCUCCAGUGGAAACUGACAAUGUUACGUUCAGCUUUGGAACUGAUGAUGACCUUUGACCUUCCAUGCAUACGACAAACUCACUAUUUUUAAACCUUAAUUUAAUGUUGUUGCUAGGCAACUGUUUUUUACCCUAAUAUAUCCCUUAUUUUGUGUUGUGUGUACAUGAUUGUUUAGUAUUGUC